ACUGUUAUUGGGCUCAUUGGCGGCAAGCCUGGCCCAAUCUCCCUCCCUCUCUCUCUCUCUCUCUCUCUCUCUCUCUCUCUCUCUCUCUCGAUUGCACAAAUGCCCAACUCAAUUUGAAAAAUCAAUCGGGGAUGGAUCUUCUCAUCUACUUGCGAAAAGCGGGGGAGCCUAAUCAUAUCCUAAUACCUAAAACCUUCUGGAGUUAGCUUGCUGAUCAUAUCCGUUACCAUACACAUGAUAUGGUUGACAUUCAAUUCGAUGCCAAGCCUAGUAAUCUCAUUGAUGGUGAGGAAGUAAAGAAGAAGAAGAUGGUAGAGAUCACCCUCAAAACCGUCGGUCCAUCUCCCCCUUCUCCCCUGCAAGUCCCCUCUCCCAUCAGAGUACGUGAUUUGAGAACAUUGAUAGCUGGAAAUGGUUGUCUUCCAAUUGAGAAUUUGAGGCUUAUUUUGCGAGGGGAUGUAUUGCACGAUACCAAAAAUGGAGAUGAUGUGUAUCUUCCACUCAGUGAUGGAGAUGCCGUUAUUGUAGCUGUCAAGCCACAGGCCCCAGUUAAAAAUAUUCGGAAUGGAUUGGAUGAUGACGAUGAUGAAGAUGAUCUGAAGUUUCAGCUUCCGCAGUCAGCAAGUUGGUGGAAAAAGAGGCUUUUCUUUUUCCUACAUGACAAACUGAAGUUUCCUGAUAUCCUUUUGAUGGCAAUCUUUUCUCUGAGUCUUAAGGGGUGGGCUGCUAUCAUCAUGUGGUUUAUCUUUGCACCCAUUGCCCACAGAUGGGAUGUAGGACCUUUAUAUAUCCUUGGGACGGGUUUUUUAAUCAUUUUCCUGAACCUUGGAAAGCGGCAACAGGGUGACAUCAGUGCGUAUUCCAUCUUCAAUGAUGACUUCAGGGAACUGCCAGGAACACUAAAUGCAGACCGUCUGGAUAGAGACAUACGGGCAGGUCAGUUUUGAGGCUGCCUUGCAACAGUUUUGAUGAUCUCAAAAAGGAAAUGUUGUGUUGUGAAUUUAUUAUACAUACCAACGAAAAGAAAUUUCCAUUCCGCCAGAGAAAUAUUUGGGUUUUCUUAUGAGAUUUCUUUUGUUGAGUGUAUUUUGAGAUUCGAAUUUUUUUUUUCUUGAAUAGAAAGAGCAAUCAAUGUAUAUUUCUUCUUUGUCAA